CUCCCGGCUCCACAUGCCCAUGUUUUUUCUGCUUCGAAAUCUGGCUGUCAUAGACCUCUGCUGUUCCACAGUCACUUCUCCAAAGAUGCUGGUGGACUUCUUUCAUGAGACCAAGACUAUCUCCUACCAGGGCUGCAUGGCCCAGAUCUUCUUCUUCCACCUCUUGGGAGGUGCCACUGUCUUCUUUCUCUCGGUCAUGGCUUAUGAUCGGUACAUAGCCAUCUCCCGGCCCCUUCACUAUGUCACCAUCAUGAACACUCAAUUGUGUGUGGGGCUGGUGCUGGCUGCCUGGGUCGGGGGCUUUGUUCACUCCAUUGUCCAGCUGGCCCUGAUGCUCCCAUUGCCUUUUUGUGGUCCCAAUGUCCUGGAUAACUUUUACUGUGACAUUCCACAAAUGUUGAGACUUGCCUGCACAGACACCUCCCUCCUAGAAUUCCUUAUGAUCUCCAAUAGUGGGUUGCUGGUUCUUAUCUGGUUCCUUCUCCUUCUGAUCUCUUAUACUGUUAUCCUGGUGAUGCUGAGGUCCCACUCAGGAAAGGCAAGGAGAAAGGCAGCAUCUACUUGCACCACCCACAUCAUCGUGGUGUCUAUGAUCUUUAUUCCCUGCAUCUACAUGUACUCCCGGCCCUUCUCCCCCUAUAACAAGGGUUUCACGGUAAAAGCAGACCUGCGGUACUCGGAGGUCUUUGCUGUGGACGAGCGGGCCUGCACCUGCGGCGUGGGCAGCGUCGUGAUUGUGUUAGCGGUUGCUUUUCCUCGCCGAGGUGCCUGUGUUUCACUCCAGGUUUCGGAGGAAGUCGACACCUUGCAGGUCGUCUCUCUGACGUGA